AUGGCCCAAAUGAGCCCCAAAAUGACCACAAAGACCCCAGGAAGGACCCAAAAGGGCCCCAAAGACCCCAAAACGACCCAAAAUGGCCCCAAAAUGGCCCCAAAGACCCCAGAAAUGACCCGUAAGGGCCCAAAUGACCCCAAAGUCCCAGAAGUGGCCCAAAUGACCCCCCAAAUGGCCCCCAAGACCCCAGGAAUGACCCAAAAUGGCCCCCAAGAUCCCAAAAUGACGCAAAAUGGCCCCAAAAUGGCCCCAAAGACCCCAGGAAGGACCCAAAAGGGCCCCAAGGAGCCCAAAAAUGACCCCCAAGACACCAAAAUGACCCAAAAUAGCCCCAAAAUGACCCCAAAGACCCCGGAAAAGACCCAAAAGGGCCACAAGGAGCCCAAAAAUGCCCCAAAGAGCCCAAGAAAAACCCAAAUUGGCCCCAAAGACCCCCAAAUGACCCUAAAUGGCCCCAAAAUGGCCCAAAUGAGCCCCCAAAAUGGCCCCAAAGACCCCAGGAAUGACCCAAAAUGGCCCCAAGGUCCCAAAAUGGCCCAAAUGAGCCACAAAAUGGCACAAAGACCCCGGAAAUGA